CCCCGGCUGCCCUCCUCCUUCCUUUGUUCCCGUGGCUGGGGGGGUAUCCCCUCCCUCCACAACAUGGAGCCAUCUCCUCUGUCUCCCGGUGGGGCAGCACUCCCUCUGCCUCUAUCGCUGGCUCCACCCCCACUACCCCUGCCAGCGGCUGCAGUGGUACAUGUGUCCUUCCCUGAAGUGACCAGUGCUCUUCUGGAAUCCCUCAAUCAGCAGCGGCUGCAGGGCCAGCUCUGCGAUGUGUCUAUCCGAGUACAGGGCCGGGAGUUCCGGGCUCACCGAGCUGUCCUGGCAGCCUCCUCCCCUUACUUUCAUGACCAGGUCCUACUCAAGGGCAUGACCUCCAUCUCACUGCCCAGCGUCAUGGACCCAGGCGCCUUUGAGACUGUCCUGGCCUCUGCUUACACUGGCCGCCUCAGCAUGGCUGCUGCUGACAUUGUCAACUUUCUCACAGUGGGGUCUGUGCUCCAAAUGUGGCACAUUGUGGACAAGUGCACUGAACUCCUCCGAGAAGGCCGGGCCUUGGCCACCACCACCAUCACAACUGCUGCAGCCACCUCUGUCACUGUCCCUGGUGCCGGAGUCCCAUCAGGGAGUGGGGGCACUGUGGCCCCUGCCACCAUGGGCUCUGUGCGUUCCCAUGCCUCCAGCCGGGCCAGUGAGAAUCAGUCUCCCAGCAGCAGCAACUACUUCAGCCCCCGGGAGUCCACUGAUUUCUCAUCUUCCUCCCAGGAAGCGUUUGCAGCUUCUGCAGUAGGCAGUGGGGAGCGUCGAGGAGGUGGCCCUGUAUUCCCAGCCCCUGUCGUUGGCAGUGGGGGGGCCACCUCUGGGAAGGUGCUGCUGGAGGCAGAUGAGCUGUGUGAUGAUGGCGGGGAUGGGAGGGGGGUGGUGGUUCCUGGAGCUGGGCUCCGGAGGCCCACCUACAUGCCCCCUAGCAUUAUGCCACAGAAACAUUGGAUAUAUGGGAAGCGAGGUGGGAACUGCCCAGCACCAGCACCCCUGGUUCCCCAAGACCCAGAUCUGGAGGAGGAAGAGGAGGAGGAAGACCUGGUGUUGACCUGCGAGGAUGAUGAAGAUGAAGAGCUGGGGAGUGGCUCCAGGGUUCCAGCAGAGGGAGGGCCUGAGGCUACCCUCAGCAUAAGCGAUGUUAGAACCCUGAGUGAGCCUCCAGUCAAGGGGGAGGAGCAGGUCAACUUCUGUGAGUCCUCCAAUGACUUUGGCCCCUAUGAGAGUGGGGGUCCUGGGGCAGGGCUUGAUGAUUCAGGGGGGCCCACUCCCUCCUCCUAUGCUCCCUCCCAGCCUCCCCGACCCCUCCUUCCUUUGGACAUGCAGGGCAACCAGAUCCUGGUCUUCCCAUCGUCUUCAUCCACCUCCUCCUCCUCCUCACAGGCUCCAGGCCAGCCCCCAGGGAACCAAGCUGAACACGGGGCAGUGACCCUCGGGGGCACGUCAGUGGGGGGCCUGGGCGUGCCCGGUGGUGCUGGUGGGGUCCCUGGAGGGACCAGCAGUGGGGACGGGAAUAAGAUCUUUCUGUGCCACUGCGGGAAGGCCUUCUCCCACAAGAGCAUGCGGGACCGGCACGUGAACAUGCACCUCAAUUUGCGGCCCUUUGACUGCCCUGUGUGCAACAAAAAGUUCAAGAUGAAGCACCACCUGACUGAGCACAUGAAGACGCACACAGGUCUCAAGCCCUACGAGUGUGGCGUCUGCGCCAAGAAGUUCAUGUGGCGAGACAGCUUCAUGCGUCACCGGGGACACUGUGAGCGCCGCCACCGCCUGGGUGGGGGCGGGGCUGGACCUGGACCUGGGACGCCCACGGGGCCAGUCUUGCCGCCCAAGAGAGAGUCCCCCAGAACGGGCGGAGGCAGCAGCGACGAGGCCAGUGGGGCCACGCCCCAGUCCAGCAGACGUGUCUGGUCCCCACCCAGCGUCCCCAAGGUGGAGAUGGGCUUCAAUGGGGGCGGAGGAGCAAAUUGAAGGGUCAGGCUACUGCGGGUAGCUUUCGGGGAAGAGGGAAUAGGGAGCACGAUCCAGGGGCGCUGUGGCCCCGAGGUGCUCUUCCACUGCACUACUGUCUUCCUUUGUCUUUAUGGACUUGUGUAUAUUAUGGAGGGGGAACCACAUUGUACCAUCGCCAGCCCAUUCCACUCCUCAGUCCUUGUGUCCUAAGGUGUCCCUGGAACUAAGCCCGUCCAUCUCUGUUGAGUACACCGAAGCCCCAGCUCCAGAGUGGGGUGCACAUGGAGCGGGGAGGGAGAUGGGGCGUGUUCAGCAUCCUGGAGUCACAGGGUCAAGGGUCAGGUGGUUGUAGUCUGUGCCUGAAGUCUGUGUUUGUGUUGUGGGGAUCAGGCCUUUGAGCCCUACCCUUGUCUUAGAACUUACCCCCUCCAGAAGGAUAUGCUGUUUAUUUCUACCCUAUUUCUCCUGCCCCUCACCUCCCUUGGGGAUCCCCAACUCGGUUUUCAUGGGGGAGUGGGUGGAGAUAAGGAGGGAGUAAGUCGUAGGAGUACGAAGCUUUUAUUUUAUUUUUUUUAACAGUGAUUAAAAUAUUUAUUGGUCAUUUCACUUGGCUUCC